UAAAGUUCCGGAGUAACUUGGAGGUGGAAUGGUGCUGAAAGUUGGAUCUUAGAGAGGAGAGGCCGAGCGGUUCCUGAGGGCUCGGGGAGAGAGACAGGGAGGAGGAGGAGGGCUAUGUCAGCAGAGGGCUGUCCGCAGCUGGGGGUCUCCUGUGCCGAGGAUCCGGUGCGCUGUAUCGCGGAGCUCCGGGAGCGGGCACUGCGGGAGAGCGCACACUGGCCGCUCGGUCUGCGGAAUGAAUUCCUGCUCAGGUUCCUGAGAGCCCGGGACUUCGACAUCGAACAGGCACUGAAGCUUCUGUCAAAUUACCAUAAAUGGAGAGCAGAAUGCCCUGAGAUUUGUGCAGAUCUGAGGCCUUUAACAGUUCUGGGCCUCCUCAAGGCUGGUUACCAUGGGGUUUUAAGAUCUCGCGAUUCCACUGGAAGCAGGGUUUUAAUAUACAAAAUUGAACACUGGGAUCCCAAGCUUUUCUCAGCCUAUGAGGUGUUUCGCGUCAGCCUCAUUACAUCAGAGCUAAUUGUGAAGGAGGUGAAAACCCAGUUGAAUGGUGUGAAGGUUAUCUUUGAUCUUUGUGGCUGGCGAUUUGCUCAUGCUCUGCAGAUCAGUCCAACAGUUGCCAAGAGAAUUGCUGCUGUGCUUGUAGACUCCUUUCCAUUGAAGGUCCGAGGUAUCCACAUGAUCAAUGAACCCGUACUGUUUGAUUCAGUCUUUGUCUUAAUUAAACCAUUCCUGCCAGAAAAAAUCAAAGAGCGGAUUCACAUGCAUGGGAGCAAUUACCAGCACAGCCUUUGUAAGCACUUUCCAGCUCAAAUUCUUCCCCCUGAAUACGGUGGCCAGGGACCUCCUUAUGAGGAGCUUUGUCAGGAAUGGACUGAAUUUGUGCUGCAGUCUGAGAAAGAUCUUCUUGAACUUUCACUUGUUACUUGACAUUUCGUGCCAAUGCGUCCACUGUUUGAACAUUGUGUUAAUCAAUGCAAUAUAACUGUAAACACUAACUCUGUUUUAUAGAACAAACAGGUAUCACGUUAAGCAUUAUGAUGUAUUACAAGCAGAAAUUAAUUUUAAAAGCUAUCAAAUUUGAACAAAAUGUAUAGUUUUUGAUAUUUCAGAUUACUGUAAAUUAAGAUUUUAUUAGUAUGUAUUUUGAUUUCUGAAUACAUUGUCUUAAAGUUUAAUAUUUAAAGCUUUAGGAAUGAAACCUUUUUGCAGUGGGUUGAAUUAUCAGUUGCCCUUGUUAAAAGAUUAGAUUUCCUACAGUGUAGAAAAAGGCCCUUCAGCCCAACAAGUCCACACCGACCCUCUGAAGAAUAACCCACCCAGACCCAUUUCCCUCUGACUAAUACACCUAACACAAUGGACAAUUUAGAAUGGCUAAUUCACCUGACCUGCACAUCAUUGGACUGUGGGAGGAAACCCACGCAGACACGGGGAGAACGUACAAACUCCACGCAGACAAUUGCCCGAGGCCGGAAUCGAACCUGGGUCCCUGGUGCUGUGAGGCAGCAGUGCUAACCACCGAGCCACUGUGCCGCCCUUUGGCGGGAUCUCUCACUGUGUGCUGAAAAAAUACUGAAAGCCUGUUGUGACGUGCAAAUACCUUUUUAAUUGCCAUUGCAACAUUUUUGGAAAGAAAAGUGCAAAAUUCUGAGAGUUAUAUGCAACAAAAACAAAACAGUAGAUUCUACAAGGCUCUUCUAUAUCACCUGGGUGUUGGGGGAGUAUCACAGCAUGGGAGAUCGAAACUUUCCCUGUAGCAUCGGGGAAACACACCUGUCUGUUGUGGCCUUACGAAUGCAGUGUUCUUUAAUAAAAUGAAAAACUUUUUAUUGUUCCUGAACUGCACCUUCCCCAGCCCUGCCUGAAUCCAGCUGCAUGCUGGGCUGGUUUGACUGAGAAACACUUCUCAUUUCCUGCCCAAGCCAUCUAGCAAAGAUUAUUGUGCUGACUUCAGGCUAACAUUGGUUUGUGAUUUUAAAAAAAAGUCUCUGCCAGUUUUGGGAGGGUUCCCUUGUCAACUGCUAACUGGAAGGUGAAUUCUGAUUACUCUAGGACAGUUCAGUGGCACUUGGAUUGUUUUAAAUGCUGACCAAUCUGGCUUCCAUCACAUCAGUAAGGUUAAAUUUGUUGCACAGUUUAUAUAUUAAGCCAGAAAUAGUCUGACUUGAAAGAAGUGAAAUAAAUGCAAGA